AUGUGGUCCAGUCUGUUUCAGAUCGUGCCCUUGUGUGACUUCGAGAUGGCGCGGGAGGUGCAGGAGUACUCCUCCGAGUCUGCUUUGAGAGAGACGUGCAAGCAGUUCGGCGGGGAGUGGGCGACGGCCCAGAACCUGCUCCUGAACCGCUUCCUGCCGCUGAUGUUCCAUUCGUGGGUGGCGCCGGCCCAGAUCCAAGCGGACCCGAAGCCCAUCCUCAUCGGCGGGGCGGGCCUGGGCGGCUUCGUGCGCGAGCAUCUACAGCCCGAGCUUCUGAUCAAGACGCUGGGGUGGGAGGACGCGGAGCAACUGCACAACACCGCGCUGGAGCGCAAGCCCUUGCCGCUUCGCAGCCUCACCGAGGACCCCCCCGCGCGGAGCGGGGCCGAGGCGCCCGAGGCCCGGCAGGCCAGGAGCGAGGGCAGCAAUAACAACACGCCGGAUGCCUGGCGCCAGGCGGCGCUGUUGUCCGACACGGGGCGGCAGGAGGCCGCGAGGGACCUGCAGUUGCGCGCCGCGGCUGGCAUGGAGGCCGGGGCCACGGGCGCGCGCUGGCCGGCUGGCGCCGCGCGGGGCGGCGCGCGGCGCUCCGCCGAUGGCGGCGUGGUCUUCCGGGCGCUGUCCGAGGACAGCGCGUCGGAGAUGAGCAGCAGCAAGUGCCCUCGAUGGUUGAGGAUAGUGAGGACUCCGACUUCGUCGUUUCAAGUGUUCCAAGCCGUCUGGUGCGAGCUGUGUCCUCGUUUUGGAUGAUCGGCACCGCACCCCGCCUGUUUUUCGCCACUGCCCGUCUACCUGCUGCUCGCAGGGCGUUUCAGCGAUUCUGCCCGUUCCGCUGUAGGGCCGUCUUGGGCCAUCAUUGAGCCACCUAGGGGCUCGGGAGCGAGG